AUGGGAGGACAUCACACACCAUUCCACGUUCCAAAACACCAUAGAUACCUUUCUGUUGCAUUGGGUACCACCAUGUGGUUCUGGGUAUUCUAUAGAGCAAAGAAGGAUUGGAAGACUACUUUAGGUUUCCAAUAUCCAUGGGAUCACGAUCAUGGUCAUGGACAUGCAGAUGCUGGUCAUUCAAAUGCAGGUCACCAUUAA